GUUAGCGCACGUGGUUAUGUCUGCUUGCUUGAGCGACGCUGGCGGAGGCUCUCUAAUGCCGGUAGCAUAAGCCCGUAAGUGCUCAAGUGCGAGGAACGCCGCCUCAAGCAGGGUAUUCUCCAAGGAAGAUUACUGUGCCGAACUAAUCGAUAGAAUGGCUGAAGAUGCCGCUCAGCGUGUUCAAACUGCCGUGGGCAACAUGGUCAAGGAUCUCGACAACACUUAUCUCCGCAAAAUAUUGGGCAAUAUGCACAGGUGUGCAGUUAAGUGUUGUGAUGACUCCAGCUUGUCUAUGGAUGGUGCUCGCUCAUGCAUAGGGAAGUGCUCUGAACCUCUAAACAAAGCCCAAGACAAAGUUGAAGGUGAACUAGGAAAUUUUCAGGAACGCAUACGAAUUUGUGUAAAGCAGUGCGAGAAUGAUGUACGGGACCAGAUGAGCCCAAAGACAACAGAAGCAGAAGCAUUCAAGCUGAAAGACCAGUAUAGCUCGUGUGUUGUGAAGUGUGCAGACAAACAUAUUGCUCUUGUGCCACAGAUGCAUCGAAGGAUGAAAGAGUCCCUAAGUGAACUUUAGAUUCUACUGUACACGGUUGUUUCAGUUAUUUGCACUAGCUUUUGUGGCUAUAGAAUGAAUGAAUACCAAUUUACAUGGCAUAUGGCCUUGAUUGUUGCUAUCUGCCAUAAAUGUUUGAUGAUCAAAGGAAAAUAAUAAUUGUUGUUUUGGCUUUACUUCACAAGUACUUUUGGUGUCAAUUAUUAGGCCAUACAAAGGUAACCAGCAAGUGUCAAAUGUUCUCGAGGGCUGACUUAGUUUAUCAACAUAAUAGAGGUUAUUGACUGAUGCUGAAAAAUUCAGAGCUCUUCAAGGAAGCUCUGCAGCCCUUAUAUUCACCUUCAUUGUACAAAGCCAAAUAAUGCAUACAAUGUCAAUUACUAUAUCCUGUAAAAUCCCAAGCACCCCCCCCCCCCCCCCUUCCAUGGCGAACAGUAAUGCGUCAAGAUUUGGAGAGGUAGCCCUUGUUCGGUUAUGGAUCUAAAUUCAAGAUGGUGGCAGAAGAGCUGCAAAAAAUAACGCCCAACCAUGCUUCUAAUGCAAUGCCUAUUAAAUAUGUAUUCACUCACCGUUUUUCUUCAUCCUUGUCAGGAGCAUAGUAACAGUGAAAAUGGUGGGAGGGAAGAAGUGGUCACAUAUUUGAAGAACGGAGGGGUCCACCUGCUCGAGAUUUUACGGAACUAAUUGGUUGUUUUAUAAAUAAUAAAUUAACAGGAACGGGAAAAGGCUGAUAAUAGCACUGUCAGAGGCUUUGUAAGUGUUCAACAGUCCUGAAGGUCUCCCUUCAUUCAGGUAGGGGUCAAGUUUGCUCGAGGGCGGGAGGAGGAGAGUCUGUAAUAGCUCCUUUUGUGUCCAUAUGUUUGUGCAUAUGCCCUUGUGAGAGUAGAGUAUGCAUAUGUGCAUAUAUUGUUGAUCACCAGGCAAGGGCAAACUGCGGCAUUGGUCAAGUCCGCCUUGAAUCCGGGAGAUACUGGAAAUGACUUGCAGUGUUACUGGGCACCUACCAUUUUUUACCAAUUGUGAGAUAGCAGAGAGUUAAGCGGACCUACCCUUAAAUGGUGUUUGGUGCAAAUACUUGUGUAGUGUUAAUUAUAAAAAGACGGGGCAUGCAAACACAGACUUAAGACGGAAGUCCUAACUUCCUUCUUGUUUGCAUGCGUCUUUUUAUAAUGAGUAUGUACCAACUAGCUCAGCCUUCUGUUAUUCUAAGCUCAUGUAGUUCUAGAUGAUGAAAGAAGGGCGCUAUCUUAAGCAACCCCCCGGCAGAGCCACGUGCUCAGUGCCAUGUACUUGUCUUGCGAAGGUGGCCUCCCCUUUCUGCUCCUAUCACUCCCCAUGCCACUGCACCGUGCCCCUAUGAGUUGCAGAAAUAACCAUAUUUCUUAAGCUUUAAAGGUUUGUGAAAAGUAAACGAAGCUCCCCGGUUGUAAUUUUUCCUGCUUCAAUAAGGAUUAGACAUGCCGAUUCUGAACUAUUUCGGUGCACUAUCUGGUCUGUAAUCAAUGACACUCCUUUGAAAUCGCAGUUUCCUUGAGCUCCUAAACAACCAUGCAGCACCACCGGUCGCCAUAAGCACUAACGUGUGACAUCGGUGUGACGUCAUGCUAAGAGAUGUUAUAAACACAGUGUGAGUUUUGUUUUGCUCUUCAAUAAUAAAUUAUAAAAAUCUAGUAAAGUAAAAAUAACACUGCAAUUUUGGUGCUCUGCAUUGUAUACUGUGCAAGUACAGCAAAUGAUCUGCUUUGGUUCUGCUUUCAAGUACGUCGAGGCUCCAACACGUGUUGCCUUUUUCAGUUGGUGCAGUGUUCCAGUUUUUUUUUCUUAAUGGCUGCUAUACGUUGUUUCACAGGGUGUCUCAAUGGCUUAGUCCUCACUAUGCCUAUACCGUGUGCGUCGUUAGACAGUGCCACGCGACUUACCAAAGUAGAAACAAUGUUUGUGACAUGGUUAAGGUACUGCAAUCGAAGCAAUAUGAUGCUACAAACCUCUGUCAACUAUGGCACAGCAAACAUUAUGUCGCUAUGUAUUGUUGGUGACAGAUUUUCGAUUGGCUGACUUGGUGACGACAGCUGUACAGUUAAGGGGAAUGCGAACUGGGGAAUCUAGAUUGUGCUUUUAUAGUUAUUAAAUGAACCUGCGAGAUGAAAUGAGUCAAGGUGCAGUAUUGAAUGGGCGGCCAAGAUUCAGAACACAUGUAGUUGAAAUUUUUCUGUAAAUGUGUCAUGACCCCGUUUCACGACCUGCUUCAAAACCCGAAAAAGGGCCCUGGAACCCUUUUUUAGCAUUGUCAGAAAAUGCCUAUCGGCAGUCCAGGCUUCCGAGAACACACAAGCCAAAUAUUAAAGUGUAGCAUGUGGGCUAGUAUAUACAAUAAAUUCUCUGUCAGCUAUAAAUUGCUUUUUUUUCUCUCUUGACAUAUGAUGCUGUAUACUAAAGAAUUUGUGCCACAGACCCAAGUAUCAUUCCAUUGGCUGAUUGUAGUAUGGUGUGCUCGGGAGUUACUGGGAUCGCCACAGUAUGGAACCGCUGGCGAUCACAUGUUAAAACCGUGCAGUCAAAGAAAAAAAAAGGGUAAAAGUGCCCAAGGUCAAGAGAGGCGAGUGACAUAAAUUUUUACCCAGUGCCACCUCUCCCUGCUUAGUUUAAAUCCCACCACUUUUGUUCGGAAAAACAAGGGAAAGCAACUGCAGUGUGCAACUAACCUCCGCUCGUACUGGAUGGGUUCUAAAAAGUGUUGCAACGGUCAGUUCGUGAGACAAUAAGCCUUUUUACGGCAGGGCCUCUAUAAACCACAGUCAGAGGGUCAGAGCUGGGUAGCCUUCUUUGUUUCUCUUCAGUCUUCUUUUCAUCCUCUUUUUUUUUAUGUCUUUCCAGUGUUUUGUUGUUGUUUUUUGCUCGUUAUUUCCAUUUAUGUUGAUCUUCCUUCUUAUUCUUUAUGAUCAAACCUGUUUGUGCUCGUCCAACACUCCUGCAAACAGCCUGGUCUUGCUAGGGUGUCUUUCUUCACUGCGAGGUAUAUUAAGGGUAUUAAAGUACACAAAGUUGCCUUACAUAUUUGGAGAAACCUUGACGUUUUAUGUUGCAUUUUUGCUAGAGCUGGGCAAAUAGCAAAAUCCUGGGUGCAAAUU